CUCCCCCCCCCCCUGCCGUCCUUGUGUCGCCUCCCUGGCUACUCCUCCUCGUUUCCUCCCUGAUCUCGCUCCGCUCGGCCGUCCCUUCUCCUCUCUCCCCCUCUCUCCCUCUCUCCCCUAUCUCCCCCAUCUCCCCCAUCUCCCUCUCUCCCCCUCUCUUCCGGUCUCUCGGUACCUCUGCGCGCGCGCGCGCGCGACCGCCACAUGGGGCUCAUCCGUCCAUACAAACCCUCGAAGGAGGAGCGUGCCGAGCGCUCCAAGCUCGAGGAGAUCGUUGUCCACCGCUCUGCCUCCGGCAGCCAGGAGCUCAGCAAUUCACUCUUCAAGGCCACUGUCGUCAAUUCCAUCUCGCUGGUCACGCAGAUCUUCAACACGGGGAUUGCCUCCAAGUACCAGAUCAUCUUCUGCGACUCCUUCGUCGUGGCCACCGCCCCUACAUAUGAGCAAAUCCUCCAGGACUGGAACACCAUCCAGGGGAUCGACAUCUUGAGCUUCCCCCCGGAUCGACGCGUGUCGGCCACGCUGAAUGCCCUGGCGGCCCUGCAGCAGCAGCAGGCCCGCGGGCUGCGCCUGUCCACACAGACCCCGCCUCCCGGGGCCGCGGCCUUCCCCUCGCCGCGCGCCAGCGAGUCCGGCUCCUCGGCCGAGUUGCCCAUCCUGCCGGGGACGCCGCCCCCCUCGGUGCUGGCAGCCGCCAGCGCCACCUCCCGCGGCAAGCCGCCGCUGCCGGAUGUGGCUGGCGAUCGCGAAACCUCGCUGCUGAGUCUCUGGCGCGCGGACACCACGCCCAGCGGCCUGUCCGGCUCGCUGUCCAACCUGCACGGCGGCGGGCCCGAUGCGUCCGGCGAGUCGGUAGCCCGCAUGCGCUCCCACUCCCAGGGCAGCCAGGCGACCGGCGGCUCGCGCUCGGGCCUGGCCCUUGAUCGGCAGCACUGCCCCAGCGAUGGCGAUGAGAGGGAUGCCGAAAUCCGGCCCCCCCUGCCGGCGGUCCCCGGCGCCUCCACCCCCACCGGGAGGAGGGUGUCCACGCCGCCGCCGGCGCCAUCGCCGCCGGCGCCGCCGGUGCCGCCUCACCCGGCAUCCCUGACUCCGGCCCUGUCCGAUGCCUCGGGCAGUGGCUCGCCGCCGGUUGAUCCUGAUCCCCCUGGUGGGGAUGUGCUCUCCUUGACCGACGGGCUUCCCUCCAACCCCGAUCCGGAGGUGGUGUUGCCGCAGGCCGAUGACGAUGCGGACCUCGGCGAGCUGCACAUCCCGCCGGGUUCCCCGCCGGACCUGGGCAUCAGCGCCCUGUCCGGGGGGGUUGCCUGCUCGGCCUCGGGCGGGUCCAAUGCCUCGAGCACCUCCAUGGCUGCUGUCAGUUCGGCGCCGCGCGUGCUACCGGCCCCGGCCCCGGCCCCGGCCCCGAGCACGCAAUCGCCCUCGCCCUCGCCCUCUGGUCUCCCUCCCGCCGGCGCCGCAUCGCACCCGGCGCCGGCUGCAGCCACUGGCGAUGCCUCCUCCCCUUCAGAUCUCACCACAGUCGACCCUCCGCCGUCCCUGUCGUCAUUGCCCUUGCCGGCAUCCGGCCCUCGGCGGCCUGCACUGGCCGGUUCAGCUGCUCGGCCAGGCCCCGCGACGCCGCCAGCCCGGCCACAUUCCAUGCCCCCCUCGCGGCUGGCCCAUCCGGCCGGUGAUGACUUCCUCUCCCUCAUCAACCCGCUGGCUCUGCCUGUGUUCUACUCGUCGGGCCCUCCGGCGCUGGCUUCCCCACCGGGCUCGCCAUCCCUCCCCGGCGGGCCCCCUGCCGGCCUGUCUCCUCCGGGCACCGCCCCUGCCACCGCCACCACCGCCACCAGUGCCUCGGCCGCUGCCACGUCUGAUGCCGCCACCGCCGCCGGUGCGGCCACUGGUGCGGCCAACGCCGCCGAUCAUGCUACUACCUCCACCAGUCAUGCUGCCGGCGCCGGCGCCGGCGCCGCCACCGAUGCCGGCGCCACCGCCGCCGAGUCCACCCCCUCCGGGUCGCCAAAGCUUUCGGUCUGGCAAUGGGCAUCGGUGCUGGUGACGCGGCCGAACUUGCUCUUCACCCCGGGCGGCCUGGCCGCCGUGCCGGAGCUACUGGCCGGCCGCCCCCCGGAAUCCGGCCCGGUCGAACAGGCCGCCGAGCACAGCACCCCCACGUCGCAGGCCGGCUCGCGCGCGGCCUCGCGCCCGGCCUCCCGGUCGCCGAGUUUCCUCUUCCUGUCUCCCUCGCAGCAGCAACUUCGCAUGGGCGCCGGGUCGGCCGAUGGCUUUGAACUGGCGUCGCUGGACGCGAGCGCCACCGGCGGAGCGGCCAACCCCGAGGAUGGCCCCCUGGCGCCCCUGUCCCCCAUGCUCGGCGCCGGGGACGCGCUGCGGCGCUCUCGGCGGGGGUCCGCCGCCAGCGGGCUGGACGCCCUUUCGUCGGAUCCUCUGGCCGGCACCGGUCGUCCGGCUGGGGGAUCUCACACUUCCCUGGUGGCGGACAAUCUGCCCAUGUCACAGGCUCGCCUCAUGCGGCCCGAGGAGGUCGAGGCAGCCGUCGGGGACGUCCUCCAGCGCAUGGGGUUCCACUUCGCCGAUUCGCGGCUGCUUCUCCUGUCGCAAGCGCUGGACACGCUGAUUGUCCUGCUGGCCACCGUGUCUCUUGUGCUGGCGCUGCUCGUGUCCGCCUCCAUGUGAGCGGCGACCCGGGCGACGGGCCCAAUAAAGCCACCCUUCCUCC